CAUAUUACUAUCACUCUUGCUCUGCUUUGUUUUGUAAAAGCCGGUGAACAUAAAUUUUAAGAAAAAUGUCUUCUCUUACAUCUGUAAUACCUAAACUCUAUCAGGAGUAUACAACUAAGACAUCCAAGAAAUUAAAGAUUAUUGAUGCCUACUUACUUUACAUAUUUUUAACAGCUGUAAUACAAUUCGUGUAUUGCUGCCUCGUCGGAACUUUUCCUUUCAAUUCUUUCUUAAGUGGAUUUAUUUCUACAGUUAGCUCAUUCGUUCUUGGCGUUUGCCUACGGCUGCAAGUGAAUCCGGAGAACAAGAAUGAAUUUCAGGGUUUGAGUGCGGAACGCGGAUUUGCCGAUUUUAUCUUCGCGCAUCUUGUACUGCACAUAGUGGUUAUAAACUUUAUUGGUUAAAACAUAAUAACAAUGAAUAAAAAAUACAUAAAAUAUAC